GCAUUACCCAAAAAAGCUCAGCUACCUCGCGCUGAUCUAACUACCCUCGGCGCUAAGCCGAGAGGUUAGGUCUCUCACGUUCACGCACACACAUUUAUCGCGGUACAUUACAUCUGCGGCUUAUCGCAAGCCGUUCUUGUUGACAAACAAUUGCUUGACAGCUGACGUUGCUCCAAAUGCCGUGAUGCCGCGAGUUUCAUUCAUAACCACGUGGUGCUGUCGUGUGCUUUUAUCGCACUAUUGCUGUUGUUUAUCGUCGUCGUCGUCGUCGUCAUCGUCGCCGCCGUCGCCGCCGCCGCCGGCUUACGGCCAUGGUGUAGGUUAGGUGUGGUGCUCUUUUAUCUCAUUGCGCGCGAAUCAUUUGAAUUUUCAAAAAAGAAAACCCUACACCAAAAAGCAAAUCUAACGUAGACGGAAAAGCAACGCGACACGAUGGAUAAUUCAGCAUAUGUGCCCAACCAAUUGCCACCGCCACUGGUGGUAUUUUCGCAAGCUGGUGGCUUUUCCGAAGCGGCCCUCAGGAUGCAGAGACCGUUCAAUCCUCAAAUCGGCGAAGCGGCGAAAGAUCUGUCGUCGCCGUUCAACCAAGCCGCGGCAGCAGCAAGCCUCGACUAUCGGCUGCAUCACAUGCUGCACCUGCAGCACCAAUUCCUGCAUCCCCUGGAUCAUCGGCUGCCGUUCGGCAGCAGCGCAUUCCGGCCGCUGGCACCGUCGGCCUUCGCGCCACCGCAGAAGCGGCUGAAGCUCGAGGCCGCUGAGAGUUCGCCCGGCGGCGGCGGCGGCGGAUCGGGAGGACCAGCAGCGACCACCAACAUGUCGAGUCUCUUCUCACCUGCCGCGCAAGCCGCCACGGAGCUUGCGCCGCAAAGUCCAGCCAACUCGACGAGCAGGUCGCCGCCCGGCAGUCAGGGUUCUGGCACCGCGCCGACGCCCAACGCUCCGGGCAAUCAGGGUGCCGAGGAGGACAGGGAGGCUAGCGCCACGCCUUGCUCCGAGAACACCGAGAGGUCCACGCCCGAGGAGGGACGUCCUUAUCGAA